CUUCUUCCCUCUUUCACCCAUCAAGAUAGAGGGGACGAACACGAGCAGAUGCCGCAGGACUACGACUCGGAUUCGGAUAGCGGAUCGGAUGUCUCGGUGACCGAGGUGCAGUUGGGCGUCGGCGACGGUCCGCUCGAGGGCGACGAUGAGCUCAACCCUCUGGUCUCGCGGAUGGGCGGUCGGGCAGCCUGGCUGCCAAAGACCAAGCUUCCUCCGUCAAAAGAAACGACUUGCCAGCACUGCGAACAGCCCAUGGAGCUCCUCGUCCAGAUCUUUGCGCCGUUGACCGACUCAGUGUACGACCGCAUCCUCCUCGUGUGGGGUUGCGCCAGGUCCGUAUGCCAACGAAAGAAAAAUGGAAGCGUCAAGGCGAUUCGCAUGCUGUCGUACAACGAGAGAUGGGCGGCCAAAGUAGCAAAGAAGCUGGAGCGAAAGGCGGCGAAGGAGGCCCGACUCAAAGCGCAGCAAGAAGCAAGACUAGCCAAGGAGCAGGAGGCACAAGAGAAGAAGAAAGUCAAUCCCUUUUCGAGCGCUCCUCUCAAUGGUGGCGGUGCAGGCGCGGGGCUUGGAGGUGCUCUCUUUGGUGACAAUCCUUUCUCUAGUGACGAAGCCAAGCCAGAGGAAGAGCAAGGACCGCAGCAAGAGGAGGAUGAAAGCGACGAAGACGAGGAAGAAGACGAGGAAGCCCAGAUGGUGGAAGAGUUGGCCGUUAAGGCCUCGCUCAAAGAGACUAUUCGAGGCGACGACGAAGACUGGGCGCAAGAGUGGCCUGCAUACAGGCCUCCGCAAUACAUCAACACGUACCCAGAGCCGUCUUCAUCCGCACGCGCUGCCCAAGCACCAUCAAAGAAGGAUGCUCAGAGGGCAUCCAAGCUCGUUGAAGGUGAAGGCACAGCGAUGAAGGGAUGGGAACAGGAAAAGUACGAAAGCAUGAUGAUUGAGGGCGUCGAUGAUGUCUUUGAGCGCUUCGUCAAGCGGGUCUCCAACGAUGGCACACAAGUCGUUCGAUACGAGUUCGGUGGGCACCCUCUACCGUUCAACGGACAAGGGGAGUCGUACGACAUGCUUUGGCCUCACGAUGCGCCAUCUUCGUCCUCACGGCGAUUCAGUGACGCCAAAGUGCCGCGGUGCGAGGCAUGCGGCGGACCGAGGGUAUUUGAGCUGCAGCUAAUGCCCAACCUUGUCAACGUGCUACGGCCAUCGCUGAUCAACGGAGGACACGCUGGCGACGAGCAGUCCCAGGAGGCUCAGACAAAGGACGACGCAGCAUCUAGAGAAGCAGCUCGGAAACGAGAGAUCGAAGAGGCGCUUGGCCGCAAGCUUCCUCAGCAGACUCAGUCCGAGGACGGUGUGGUACGCACAAAGCCGAGCACCGUCGACGAGGUCGGAGAGGGCAAGAUACCCAAGAGAACGGGCUUGAGCUGGAGCACAGCAAUGGUCUUUGUCUGUCGGGAGGACUGCCACGGCGACGACGACAAGGUGGGAUCGUGGCGGACAGAAUGGGUGGCUGUACAAUUCGAGGAGUAGUCUCACUCCCAGCAAUUCUCCAAUGUAUUUUUACUGCACUUCAAAUAUCUUCUGCAAAUGUGACCCAUCUCUAC